AUGGGCGAGCGGCUCGGGAAAGGCUCUUUCGGCGUGGUGCACGAGUGCCGCAACCGCCACACGGGUUUCCAAUACGCGUGCAAGAUCAUCGACAAGAAACAACUGCGCGACGACGCCGACGCGGAGGACGUGCGCCGCGAAGUGCGCCUCCUAGCGCGGCUCGCCGGCCACCCGAACGUCGUCGAGCUGCAAGACGUGUACGAGGACGACGGCCACGUGUACUUAAUCAUGGAGCUCUGUUCCGGUGGGGAUCUGUUCGACGAGAUUAAGCGGCACGGGCCGUUCGCGGAGGAAGACGCGCGCGCGAUUUUCCGCCAGCUCGCGACGUCCAUGGCGUAUUGCCACGCGCAGGGCAUCAUGCAUCGGGAUAUCAAGCCGGAGAACGUGCUUCUGCUCGCGCCCACUGGGCGCCCGCCGGUCACGCCGCAGCCUUCGCUCGGAGGGGAGCAGGCUGGAGCGGAUAGCAAGGGGAAGGCGGAGGGAACGGCUGUAGGUUCCGCGCAAGGGCAAGAGCAGGGGCAGGGGAAGGGGCAGGGGCACGGGCAGAGUCCUAGUCAGGCACUGGGGCCCGUGAUUCGACACUUGAACCUCGGGUUCCUCGGUUCGUCGGCUCCCGUGCCGAUGGCGCGAGGCGGAGUGGCGAAACUCGCCGAUUUCGGGCUGGCGAUGGAGUUACCACCAGGGGAGUCCGCGGCGGGGCUUACGGGCAGCAGGUACUACACGGCGCCGGAAAUGGUGCGCGGGAGGCGGUACGGGAAGCGCGCCGAUGUGUGGUCCAUGGGCGUCGUGCUGUGCACGUUGCUCACGGGACGCCUGCCGUUUGCGGGUAAGACGCAUAACGACGACGAGGGCUUGCGGAAGUCGAUCCUCCGCGGGGCGAUCAAUUUCGAAGCGGCCGUCUGGCGGAGCGUCUCGCCGUUAGCUCGCGACCUCGUCCGGCAGAUGCUGACGGUCGACCCGCGCUGCCGGCUGAAAGCGAAGCACGUGGUUGACCAUCCAUGGCUGCUUUCUGUUGCUUGUCCCCCGCGGCUCACGUCGACAUCCCUCGUGCCGAAAGGAAGGGGGAUACCGCUUUCGGAGCUCUGCAACAGCGCAGCGCUUGCGGCAGCGGCUGCGGCGGCGGCGGCGGCGGGAUUGAUGAUUGCGGAGGCUGGGGCGGGUUUAGAACCGGAAGGGGCGAAGGCAGGCGCAAAGGUGGCGGAUGAGGGGACGGAUUUGACGGGAAGCGAGAAGGAAAGCCAUUUCGCAAAGGUGGUUCCCGAAGUGUUUGGUACUGCUCCUGUCCUUGCGGCGACAAACGCAGCGGCGAAUGCUGUUGCCGCGUGGCAGGAGGAGGAGCAGCAGCAGCACAGGCAGAAGCUACAGCAGCAGCUGAAACAGCUGCGGGCGCGCAAGGAGAAACACCACCACCAUCAUCAUCAGCAGCAGCAGUCACGGUCCCCAGCUGGCUCACCGAAAAAGGUUGUGCCUAUUCUCCCGCCACCUCCCGUUCUCGUCCCCGCAAGUCCCGGCUCCCCCAGUGGCUCCGAAGGAAGCGCGGGUGAGGACGACGACGACGGCUCGUAUUCGCCAAACUACGGACCAAUCGGAAGCAUCCCGCCGUCGCCUCCGGGCGAGCCGCUUCCCAUGCCCAGCCGCCCCUGCUCCCCCCUUCCCGGGCGCAACUCCCGCUCGCGCAAGCCAGGCACGCCCAGGAGCUUCCGCCGCGCGCUGUUUCCGCCAGGAGGGGGGUCUGGUGCAGCAGCGGGAGUUGGCGGGUCAACGCGGGGCGGAGGGAAGGUGGGUGCGGGGGCUAGCGGAGGGCCUGUGCGGGGCGCGGGGAUGGGUGGUGCUGGCGGUGGUGGUGGUGGUGGUGGUGCUGGCGAUGGUGGUGGAGGGGGAGGGGGCGUUUCAGGGUAA